AUGAUCCAAAUCACACAUGAAACUAUGACUAUUAUAGGAUACAAUGCUUUCCCAAUCCCACUACACAAGAUUCAACACCUCUAUAAGAUCCAUUUACCCAAUUCUCCUGGUCUAAAUCCAUCUACAAUUACAAACUUUGAGGACAUUAUGGAAUUCAUUGAAAACCAUACGCCACAUCACCAUACAGUCUCUAACACACCACACACAAAGGCUAUCUUCAACACUACUUUCAACAAUCCUUCUUCUCACUACAAUAAUCGUCGCACCAAGAAAUACUUUUGCUCCCGUUGCACCUGCAAGAAGUGUCUUACCAACGCAAAACUAUCCUUCUCUAUCAGCUGCUACUGCUCAUCAUGUAAAUGUUCAAACUGUCAACAAACCUUAUCAAAAUUUCUACAAAAUAAAAGGAACAAAAGCUCCUACAAUGACCACCAAAACUCUCCAAAGAAAAACAACCUGCUCAUUAAUGAGAUCAACACCGAAACGAAUACGACCCCAAAUCCACAAAUUUAG